GAGCGGGCGAUGGAUUACGAGGGACGUCUGUCCAGGAAGCUCCAGAAGUUGGAUGCAGACCUCGUGGCCAAGCGCGAAGAGGUAGAGGGCUUGCAACGGAGCUUGCGCCUGGAAAGGGACAAGUUUGCAGAGGAGUACAAGAGCGAGAAGCGGGAAAGAGAAACAAAGGCGACUACGCAAGAGGAACGGAUCCGAGAGUACCUUUCGGAGGUUCUCUAUGCCAAGCCGAAGCAGAAGGACAAGAAAGGCGAGUUUAGUUUGGAUACCGUCCUCGUGUCUUUUGUGAAGCCGAAUGAGAGCUUCAGAUACAACCUGGCCUUUCGAGUCGACUCAGGAACAAACGUGGCGCAGCUGCGAAACAGCGCCUGCAAGUACUGGGGUGUUAGCCCGGACAGUUUCAUCCUGCGAACGAUGGCGAACAACAAAUGCCAGGACGACAACAAGGUCAAGGACUGCUUCAAGCAGGGCGAAAUUGCACAGCUUCGACUUGAGAUGAAGCGAGACAGCUCCGAGCCACCUCUGGAAGAAGAGCUCAAGGCGAUCCAGCCGAAGACGAAGAAGCGGGCUGGCCGACCGAAGAGCGGGAAGCCGCGCUUCAACGCCGAGGGCGUCGAGCAGAUUCAAAAGUUCGGCGAGAACUACGCCAACCAGUUGAAGAAGAUGGGCGGCGUCUACUUCCUGCUGAAGCUUCGGGACACGAAGCCGUCGGAGCACGCAUCGAAGAUCAAGCUCCGCAACAUCAUCGUCUAUGCAGCUUUGGUUGUGCUUUCCGUCUACGUGUACAUGACCCGGAGACCGAUUGGUGAUGCUUUCUGGUGUGCCAAAGGGGUCCAGGACUUCAUGAUGGUCUCUGUGCCGCUGCCAGGCGUUCAAGCGAUGUCGUGCACCGGAGAAGUCUCGCAAGAUCAUCGAUUCUGUGUGCCGGGGUUUCAGGGCAUCCAGACACGGGACGAGAUGUGGAACUGGCUCAACUACACCUUGCCGAGCGUGUUCUGGUCUGUCGUAAAUGACGACGAAAGUUUGCCAACCCUCGCCAGCUACAACGAGCUGUUGGGAUACAUGUCCAUUCGUGUGCAGAAUGUGAAGACCCCUACUUCAACAGAGUACUGCGUCCAGAACUUACAGCUGGUGUCGGCGCUGAAUGCGGACCUGCCCGGAGCAAAUAUCACCUGCUACCCGCGGACCAUUACAGCGUCCACGCAAGAGACGGCACAGUACACGGAUAUCGCAUCUUAUUGGCAGAACGUGACAGCCAACGCGGCCGAUCUAGACGAAAGUGCGAACGUGCGGGGGAUCAGCAACCCAGGCAUUUUCAGGUCGGCGACGGAGAACAAGGACAAACACAGCAUUGGCGAAAUCUCGGGCCGUAUAACUAACUAUGAUGCCAGCGGCUACAGCGUGGACUACCGCAUGACGGUCUCUAACCCAGGAACCGCCAUGGUUGAGUACCGACGUGACCUGGACUACUUGCGAGUCAACAAGUGGAUCGAUGAUGUCGCUACGCGCGUCGUGAUUGUCUCCUUCACGACUUACAACUUCGACUAUGACCUUUGGACGGCCAGUGAUUUCUUCUUCGAAAUACCUCCGGAUGGAGACAUCCUGCCGAACUCUGAUGUGAAGCCUUUCAAGCCGCGCAUCUAUGAAACUCGAGCCGAGCUGACCUACACGUACGUCGAGUAUGUGAGGUUGGCGAUCGGGAUCUAUAUCCUGAUCUUCGUAGGAUGGUCGGAGAGACACCACAAGGUGAGGAACCAUAAGGCCGGUUUCUAUUACCACAUCUCCUUAGCCGGGAUCACGGAUUUGGGUCUGGUGGUGUGCAUGUUCAUCACCCUGAUCUGGCGCACGGUAGAGUUCCAGAGCUUAUCAACCGCGAGCUACCUCGCAAGAGCGGAUGACACUCAAAGAACGCAUGGGUUUAUCUCUUUCCGCGAGAUGGCAUGGAACUACAACACCAUCUUCAUCGUCGAUGGAAUCGUGAUGGUCUUCUUGAUGUACCGGUUGAUCACCUUCUUCCGAUUGAGCCAUACCGUCUUCCUCCAAUGGCGAGCAGUUGGACAGGCCUUGAAGAUGUUCGUCUUCUUCUCCUUGGUGAUCUUGCCGGCCUUUGCAGGCUUCGUGGUUGUCUCGACCAUGCUGUUUGGCCGGUACAUCCUCGGCUUCUCCAGCCUGGGCUACUCUGCCGUCUCCUCCAUGAAACUUGUGGCGGGCAACCUCAGUCCGCAGGUUCUCGAACGAGAUGUGGUGGUUGGUGUUGUCUCGACCGUGGCACUAUACCUGCUGCUGACCUUCUUCCUGCUGAACGUCUUCGUCACGAUUUUCGUGGAUGCUUACUAUGUGGUUCGCCUAACCUCAACGCAGCCCUCGGAGAAGUGGGACGGGCA